AUGAAGUUCUUCUACCUUACCAUUGCCCUUUUACUAUAUAAGCUACCUGAAGCCGAUUCCCAGGCGUUCACCAUGGUUGUAAUGGAGGGAUCAGUUGCAACCGAGGUCCCUUCAGUCAGAGGGACGGUAAAUGAGACCUUUAAUUGUACGGCUGCCUGCGCCAACGACACUGAAUGUAUUCUGGCCUACUGGGAUAGUGAUAACAAGUGCGUCAACUACAAGUAUUCGGAAUUUGAUGGUGGUAACAAUAUCAAAGUGGAUCUUUCAUCCAAGGAGUUCAAAGUGGCGAUCAAGACCAAUAAAAUCGAUCAAUGCCCAUCAGAUACCACCCCCUUCGGCAAUUAUCCUUAUAUGGACAUCCGUAACGGAGCCAACUUGGCCUAUGAAUGGGUCCCUAGUGGGAACGAGCUGACCCUGGUGAAUCCUUGCCCCGCUCCUGGACAGCCAUUCAGACGCACUGAGUCUCUAGUGGUUUGCAUUUGGACUUUUAAUGAAACAGUUGCGACUCGAGAAGAGGCUAAGACAUUCUGUAUUGGCAAGGGCCUGAAACUCACUGGCAUUGCUAAUAAAGAUGAGAUACUAGCACUGGGAGGAGUGUGCUUAGAUAAAGAAAGGUGUUGGGUUGAUGGAUACGCUCCCAGCUGUACUACAGGAAGUUGCACUGCGUCGCAAUAUACAUUCGAAGAUGGCUACACGAUCACGGAAAUUGGGCCAUUUUAUGAAAAUGGAAAGGCGGUGUAA